AACACAUAAUCAAGUCAACCCCUUUGUUUCCUGUGCCAAUUCUUAUCCAUCACUUGUUCUCAGAUCAAAAACCCAGAAAAGAAAAAAAAAAAAAAAAAAAAACUUUCCGUUUCCAACUUCCAAUGGCUGUUGCUGAAAUAUUUCUCGCCGCAUUCAUCACAGUGCUAUUCGAGAAGCUGAGCUCUGCGGACUUGAUCAAGCUAGCUCGGUCGGAGGGACUUAUCUCUCAGCUGAACAAAUGGAACAACACCCUGCUCCAGAUCCAAGCCGUGCUUGCUGAUGCAGCCCAAAAGCACAUCACAGAUAGAGCUGUUCAAUUAUGGGUCAACAAACUCCAGGAUUUGGCUUACGACAUAGACGAUGUACUCGAUGAUUUGGCCACCGAAGCUAUGCGACGCAAGUUGAAUCAAGAAUCAAACGCCGGCACCAUGACUAGUAAGGUAUUGAAGAUCAUUCCAAUUUGCUGUACAAAUUUCUCUCCUACCAACAUUAUGUAUGGUCAGCAAAUGAGUUCUAAGCUGGAUGAGAUUACCUCGAAAUUGAAUGAUAUUGUAGACCAGAAAAAUCAUUUGGGCUUGAAUAUGAAUGUUAAUGUGAAUGUUGAAAGGUCACAUAUAACAGAGAAAUCGUCCGAGCAAACUUCACUGGUGGAUGAGUCCAAAAUCAUGGGUAGGGAAGGUGAUAAAGAGGCAUUGCUCGGAAAGUUGUUGGGAAAUGAAUCAUGUGACCAAAAUGUCAGCAUAGUGUCGAUAAUUGGUAUGGGUGGGAUUGGCAAAACCACUCUUGCUAAAAUUAUAUACAAUGAGGAGAAAGUGAAGGAUCACUUUGCACUUAGGACAUGGGUUUGUGUUUCCCAAGAGUUUGAUGUGUUUAAUAUUAGCAAGACUAUUUUUCAAGCAGUAAACGGUAAAAACGAAGAGUUUGCUGAUCUAAAUUUGCUUCAUGAGGCCCUUAAAGAAAAACUUUUAAAUAAAAGGUUCCUACUUGUUAUAGAUGAUGUGUGGAACGAAGACCAAAGUAAGUGGGAACUCCUGCAAUGUGCUCUUGUUGGGGCACCUGGAAGUAAAAUCAUGGUUACUACUCGCAAUACAAAGGUGGCAUCACUCAUGGACACUGAUGUAGCUUAUCAUCUUGAGGUUUUGUCAACUGAAGAUGCGUUGUCUUUAUUUGCUCAACAUGCGCUUGGUGAAAAGAGCUUUGAGAAACAUCCAACACUUAAAUUACAUGGAGAAGGCAUUGUGAAGAAAUGUGGUAGAUUGCCUUUGGCUUUGAAAACGCUUGGGAGGGUCUUGAAGACAAAUAGAAGUGGUGAUGAAUGGGAGAAUUUGUUGAAUAGUGAGAUAUGGGAUAUACAAGAUGGAAGAGGGAUUUUUCCAGCUCUAAGACUAAGCUACUAUCAUCUCCCUCCACAUUUGAAGCAGUUGUUUGCAUACUGCUCCUUAUUUCCAAAGGAUUAUGUGUUUUACAAGAACAGAUUAGUCCUAAUGUGGAUGGCAGAAGGAUUUUUAUCCCAAUCAAAGGGUAACAUGUCAAUGGAGGGUUUAGGUCAUGAGUAUUUUGAAGAGCUAAAGUCAAGGUCGUUUUUUCAACAUUCAACGAUUGACGAAUUAGGAUUUACAAUGCAUGACCUGAUAAAUGACUUGGCCACAAGUGUUGCAGGAGAGUUUUUCUUUAGAUUGGAUGAUAAGAUGGAUGCAUACGAAAAGCAUGAAACUUUUGAGAAAUUUCGACACUUUUCACUUAUAGGUCCAAGAUCCGGAUCAUAUAAAAAGCUCAAGGAAUUAAAAAGAGCUCGACGCCUACGCACUUUCUCACUAUUAUCAUUUCGUUGGCAAAGUUACCACUUAUUAGACAGUAUUCUUGUCGAAUUACUUCCUGAACUACACUUCUUAAGGGUACUAAGCUUAUCAACUCAGAUCAUCACACAGGUACCACAAUCUAUUGGUGGUCUCAAGCAUCUUCGGUACCUCAAUUUUUCUUAUACAUCAAUUACAUGUUUACCAGAACAAGUGAGUGACCUUUAUAAUCUACAAACCUUGUUGAUACAUGAUUGUUACGAGUUAUCUAGCUUGCCAAAAAGUUUUCAAAAGUUAAUAAACCUACGACAUCUUGACAUAAGUCGUACUCCAAAAGUGAACAAGAUGCCAUUAGGGAUUGGUGGGUUGAAGAGACUUCAAACUUUAUCAAAGGUAGUUAUUUCAGCGGCUAACGGAUUCAAAAUACAUGAGCUUAAGGGCCUAUCAGAUCUUCAAGGUCGACUUUCCAUUAUGGGGCUAGAGAAAGUGAUUAAUCCCAUUCAAGCAAAGGAUGCCAACUUACAUCAAAAGAUCGGUCUUGAUGCUUUGGAGAUGGAAUGGAGUGACGUGUUUGAUAAUUCUCGGAAUGAGAUGAUUGAAUAUGAAGUACUUAAAGGUCUAAUUCCUCAUCAUAAGGUUAGAAACCUGAAAAUAUUGUUCUACAAAGGAACAAGAUUCCCUAGUUGGGUUGGUGAUCCUUCAUUUGAUCGGUUAACAGAGAUUACGUUACGUGGUUGUAGAACUACACAUUUACCAACACUUGGACAUCUACGAUCACUUGGGAAAUUGUUUAUUGAAAGAAUGCAUGAAGUUAAAACUGUGGGUAUGGAGUUACUUUCACCUAAAACUUCUUUCCUUGGUGUUGCAUUUCCUUCACUUGAAGUAUUGAAAUUUGACGAUAUGCAAGGUUGGCAUAGUUGGUCAACUAAUGGGGGUGAAAGCAAUGGAAUUAGUAGAUCAUUUCCUCGCCUUGUUGAGAUAUCUAUUAUCCGUUGUCCAAAACUAGCUCAAGUGUCAAUUGGAAUGAUACCAUCACUUACAAUUUUACAUAUAGAAGAAUGCUCUGAAACUGUAUUAAGAAGCAUGGUUGGUGUCUCUUCAUCAGUUGUUGAGAGGUUGAUGAUCAAUGGUUGUGACACAGUGGAGAGUUACAACUGCCCUAUCAAUGUUGAGAGGUUGGUGAUAAGUUGUUGUGAUUCGGUGACUUCCUUGACCUUCUCACAAGUGCAAGAGCUUCCUUCCUCUCUCCCCGAAACAGUAACCAGUAAUUGUGAUAACAUUGAGCCCAUUCCAAAGAGUGGUUUGGGAUUUCUUCCUGUGUUUUGCCUAAGAGCUCUUCAAAUCAAUAAUUGCAAGAAUCUGAAGUCAUUUCCUCAUGAGCAUUUGCAAUGUUUUACAUCAUUGGAACAACUGUGGAUAUAUGAUUGUCCAAGUAUGGAGUAUUCCUUUCCUUGUGGGGUGUGGCCACCUAAUUUAAGUACCCUAGGUAUAGGAUCCUUAAAUAAGCCCAUGUCCCAGUGGGGUCCCCAAAAUUUUCCAACAUCAUUAGUUGAACUAGUGUUAUAUGGCCAAAAUUCAGGAGUGGUUUCAUUUACAGUGGCAGAAGACAUACAGAAUACUACUACUUCAUCAUCUUUUGAACUUCCAAAAUCUCUAACUUUUCUAACACUAGUUGAUUUUAUGGAUGUGGAAUCGCUUUCAGAGGUCUUAGAAGAUCUCACAUGCCUUAAACGUCUUGAUAUUUGUUCAUGCCCGAAGCUUAGGGAUAUGGCUGAGACAAUCUCUAACCCAUCAUUGUUGAAAGUGAAUGUUUAUUAGUAAAAAAAGGUGUGUCUUCCCUGGCUUCUGUAGAAUUAUCAAAGCACAAUCAAGGUGGUAGAAGGGUGAUUGAUAGCUUUCAAGGACAGUGAACCUUAUUUUUGUGGCGAUGGACUUUUAACGGGAGAAGCAUUCAAAAGUCUUCACAGUUGUGUGUUUUGUUGGACCCACUGAUUGGUAUCUAUAUUUUCGGUCUUUUAUGUGUCACAAAUGAGUAAAUGUUAGAGUAAAUUACACGGAUGGUCUCUAUGGUUUAGGGUAAUUUGCGCGUUUGGUCCCUAACUUAUUUUCUUAACUCGGAAGGUCCCUACUGUUUGUUUUUGUUACACGCUUGGUCCCUGUUUUACCUAAAAAACCAUUUUGCCCUUGAUUUUUUAAAAUAUUUAAAUAAACACAUCCCAACCCCAACCCCCUCACUUUACCCUACCUAUCCUACAAUUUUUUCCUAUUUAAAUAAUAGUUCUUUUAGAUAAGACAGAGACCAAUCGCGUAACAAAAACAAACAGUAGGGACCAAGCGCGUAACAAAAACAAACGUUAGGGACUUUCCGAGUUAAAAAAAUAAGUUAGGGACCAAGCGCCCAAAUUAUCUCAAACCAUAGGGACCAUUCGAGUAAUUUACUCUAUAAAAUAUUAUAAUAAAAUAAUGCAACUUGCAUCAAGGAUUUUUGUUUGUUUGGCAUCGUUAUCGACUCAUAUUCAUACAUAUAUAGUUACAUAUAUAAUUACUAAAGAGGCCUAAAUGGUCGGUUUUUUUCAUAA